CAAUCUAUUUCAAGGUCCAAAAUAACUUGCAUUGCUUAAAAACUGUAGUUUUUCUUUCAUGACAAAUACAAGUAAAAAGGGGGAGGGGUUUGCGCUAUCAUUAAGGGGAUCUAGUCUGAAAUAAUAGACAUGUUAUUCUGGAUUCUUCAAAUCCCUAACGUCUAAACAGAUGUCCAACGUAAUUCCGAUGGUAUCUGCCUCGCCCCCACCGGACGAUGGUGGGGGAUUUGAUGACUGGGGAGAAGAUGAUGAUGAGUUUGGAACCUUCGCUUCUGCCCCCUGCACAAGUUUUACUAAAGAUAAACACUUCCAUGCAGAGUUUCCUCCUGCAGGCAAGCACAGUGAUGUUUUUCAUGACAAUACAUUGAAAAACUCUGCGGUUAAAGACAUAAAAGAGCCAAAUGAUUUAGAACAGUUCCAGUUUGAGGAAAGUCCGACAACUAUGGAUCAAUGUGGACAGGACCAACCCAAUAGAACUGGUGGUCUAGUUGACUCUGGGGUUUACAGCUCCAAUGUGUCGCCAAUACAGUCAACAGUGGAUAGUUCAAAAGACAUUGUAUCAGAACAUCAAGAUCAUAAAAAAACUGAUGUAACUGAAAACUGUUCUUGUAACUUAAAUUCAGUUCCGAAUCACUCAGAAAAUAUAACUGAUUAUGAUAAAACUCAGGAAGAAAUCAUAUCAAAUAUUGAUAACCAUUCAAUGAAUGGACCAGUUCUACAUGAAGAUGGCAUUCCUCCUGUUGACAUUCCACCAGACAAUGUUCAGAACUCAGUAGAUGUGGCAUGUACGACAGAGAAUAUGAAAAGUGAAAGUUCACUUAUUGUUGACAACCAUAGCUCAUCAAGUGAGGAUCCUGAACCCAAUACAUUUAAUAAAUGUGUUAAGAAUGAUAACAUAAAUGAUGAAACACAAGAUUCGAAUGUUUCUGUUGAGACCGAACAGACAUUUAGGUUUUCUACAUCUGCAGAAGAAUUAACCUCUCAUUCUAAAAAUGUUGAGAGUGACAAGGAACCUCCUGAAACAAUUUAUGACAAUGAAGAAGUCAGUUCUGGACAAAAAGUUAACUCUGAAAGAGAGGAGGAGUCAGCUGAGCAAUCAGGUGUUCAAGAAGUGUGUUCAGAUGAUAAAAUAUCAGGUAAUGAAACAAACACUUUACCCAAUGAUGAAAGUCAAGCAUCAAAAGGAGAGACCAAUGCAAGUAUUGGUUCUUCACCAGAGUCAGUAGAAUGCAGUGCAAAUACAAACAAUGAAUUAGAAGAACAACAUUCCCAGUCACAAAUAGACACACUUGAUUCAAAUGAUGAAAUAUCAGAGUGUGACAUUGACCAUAAACAAAACUCUGAUCAUAUUGAUGAUGCUGCAGCACAGUCUUCAGGUAUUGGUGAUGAGUUAUCAAGUGCUAAAUGUCAACAGAGUGAAAGCAAUACAAACACUCUUGGUGCAAUCAGUGGUGAUGAAGUGACAAAUGUUGAAACAGACAACAGAAUACCAGAGGCUGUGUCUUGUGAUGAUGAGGAGUUUGGUAAUUUUGGUACAUUUGAUUCAAAUGAUAGUGCAACUUCAUGUCCAGAUACAAAUGAUAGCAUAGAAAACAAACAUUCCAUUGAUGGAACAAAAGAUGUGAUUGAAGUAUCUGUUGAUCAGGAGACUAUGCCUGAGCCUAGUGAUAAAGUUGCAGACACUGAUUCUGAAAGUGAUGAUUUUGGUGACUUUGGGACAGUUGAAGGUUCUGAAUGGUCAGAAUUUCCAAAAUCAGUUAAAGUUGAGAACUCCGACCAAAGCCAAGACAAGGACAACAGUGCUUUCACUGAAUUCUCUUCAACAUCCGGUGAAAAUCCAGCAAAAGUUGAAGACAAUGAGGCUGGAACUUCGGGUGACUGGGCAGCUUUCUCAGAAUCUAAAGCCAGUGCUUUUAGUGAAUUUGACACUGCAGAUGGGGAGCCUAAGGAGACCGGAGACUGGGCUGCUUUUUCGGAACCUCAGACACUCGACGCUGCCGCUGAUGAUGAUGUGGAUGAUGACUGGGGUGACUUUGGCCAGGAGGAUACUCCAUCGACAGAAUUAGCAACCGACUCAUUGAAAACAACAACCAUUCUCCCACCUGGUCAACUCAGCUCUAUGACUAAGGAGGAGAAAAUGAUGUAUGCAGUGACAGCUUGUUUCUCCGGAGAUUGUUCUGAUGGUGAUCUUGCAGAGUUGGAAUUGUCCAUGGGUGAUGUCUUCUCUGUCAGUGGCGGGGAUGUGUGGAAGUGUGUCCAGGGGGCAGGGACAGCAGACUCCCUUACUUACCAGUGGACCAAGUCACAGUGGAACGACCAGCUCUUCACAACGCUACAUGUUGACACUCGCAAUGUGCUUAUAGGCCAUCGGAAGGCCCCAGUGCCGGUGUAUGCAGCAGGUAUGACCAUGCUGGAGCCCAUCAAGGGCUCACCCCCACCAACAAAGCCAGAGUUGUUGCCCCACACUGCCCAGCCCAGUCUCCCUAACACAACUCAGAUGUCAUCAAAAUCAGUCCCACCGCCUUUGAAAAAUGAGAGCAUUCCGGCCGCCCAGUUUGACUGGAGCAGCAGUGGCCUCACUAACCCACUUGAAGCGAACAAUAAAUCAUUGAAUUUGGAUUUUUUAAUUCAGGACCAAGCUACAAAAAGUAGCGAGUUGGAAUCCGAAUUUCUAUCAUCCAUGGUACCUUCCCUCAAACCCAGCAUCCAGCCCCUUGAGAGCCUCCUGGCUAACAUGAAGACCACGCCUACUUUCAAACUCACCAAUCAGGAGAGAGAUAUGAGCCAGGAAGCAGCCAAAAUUGUCCAAUCACUGCCAGACUUGUCAUUUAUGAAAUCUAAUGUGCUCAUGUUUCCAGUCAAGAUGAAUUGAAUCAGUCUCAGUCAUCAAAAUUAGACUUUUGGAUGAACAAGCCUGAAUUCUUCUACUAUUGCUUGGCACUAAAUUUGUUAACAAGCCUUGCUAUAUAAAAUUCAGAAUUUGAGCAAGCCCGGAAGACAUUUUACCUGUGCAGGGCUCGCGGCUUGUGUUAAUUUCGACCACUGCAGUCUGAUGAAUUGUGUUAGUAUUCAAACAAUUCUCUUAAUUUCAAUUUGAAGCUCUUCAUAUGAUCGGAAAAGAUGGCAUUUUCAUUAAACUUUCUGUUUUAAAGUUAAACAUAAUCCAUGUUUUUUUAACAUUCUGAACAUUUAUAGGUUGAAUUAACUAGUUAUAUAGUUGUUAGAAAAAUACUUCAUGUUGAUAGAUUUAUUUUCACUCAAGUUUUAACUAAAUUAUCAAAUUCAGUAAUUUUUGGUGUUCUAGCCAAUUAAGUGUGUGUAACAAUAUUUCUUAAGAACCAAUGGUGUCAAGCAAAAUGUUAUGUAAUGAACUGCUAUGUGUCCGUUAUUGUGAAAUAUUUGUCUGAUACUUUCUUAUCACUAGAAAUGAUUAGUUAACAUAUAAAUUAUAUUUUAAUGCAUUCCCAUUUACUUGUGAUGUGCAUGUCGUGUUAUCAUGUAUAAAAUGUUUCACUAAUUUCGCAUUGAUAGCAUUAUGUUAUUAAUAACAUUGAGUUUGUCAUUCUAAUCAUGUCAGAUUAUGUGUGAACGCUCUGAAUUGUGCUAUGCACAAAUACAUCAAUUUUCUUGACAGGAUUUUUCCUCUUAUAUCCAUCAUUUUGCUUAGAGAUCUAAGAGGAGCUUGAUAGUUAUGAGUAUAGAGAGACAUCAUGAACACUAUAGUAUACAGCAUCACAGAAAUAUUCAGUUAGUGUUUAGAGAUUGUACAUGUGCAUAAUUGCUGUAUGGACUUUAACCUGAUUAACCUCCUGUGGUCAUGUUUGUCAUUGUGUUGAUAUAUCUAGUCAGAUCUCCGUCAUAACUGUGUUGUGAUUUUAUGUUAAGGUAACUGACCCACAAAACGGUCAACAAUUAUGCCAAUUGAUCACAUAUUAUUUUUUGCAAUAUUUCAAACAAAAAGGAAAUGGGGAGAAAAUAUACACAAAAAAGGUUAUGUGGCCUUAAAGAUUGCAAAAUCACCCAGUUUUCUCCAAUUUCAGUUGAAAAAUAGAGCAAAUAUACAACUGAUGAUAAAAUUAUGUAUGAUGUACUGUCAGUUAUUAAAUUUACAUAUUAAUAAUCAGUAAGCAAAUACCUUCCAAAUGAUACCAAAAUUAUAUGGGGUCACUUGGCAUCAAAAUUUAACAUGAAGGUUAAUGGACCUAUCAGAGGUUAUUUGUGGGUCGGAUACUUAAAGUCUUUGUUACAAACAUAUGUUUGGAAGUGUAAACAAUGAAGGCCAAAUCAUAUGUUCUUAUUGUUUUCUGGGAGCAAAAAAGUGUAUUAAAACUAUUGCCAUGUGUUUUCAUGUUGAAAACAGGAUAGAAAAAAUCUUCACAUCAAUAGAGCAAUGAAAUGUAUUUACCAUUGGGUCCUAUUUUUUUACUAAUUUUCUGACUCAUUUGUUCAUGGUCAAAUUAUUAUUCAUUUGUUAUACAUGUAUAGAAAAAACAAAUAAAACUCACUGGAAAUCAAUCAUGAUUAUUCUAUCUAUUUAUUCACCUAUACUUAAUUCUUCAAUAAUUAAAUGAAUAAUUAUGAGUGUUAUGUUUUAAACAAACGCUAUAGCAAAAAAUGUUUAAACCAUUUACUGUUUACAUUUAUUUAAAAGUGUGUGUAACUAUUAUGUUGUUAUUAUUUUAUAUUUGUUGUUUUAACAAAUGCACGGACCUAUGCUUUAUCGGUCCGUGACGAAUGUAAUGAUCAAGAAUAAAAUUAUCACAAAUGGCA